AAAUAAUUCAAAACGUUUUUACAUCACGAUACCCCCUGUCUGUACUUGCCCGGCUGGGAUGCUCGCAAAUACAGCACCGGGAAUGGAGAUUUAGCAGGGCCCCAACGACACUAAUCCGCGCGGGGCAAAAGCGACCAGCAUCCAUGAGCCACCAACCUCUUCUGAGAUGAGGACAGGAGUUAUCAUGGACUGUCUGUGAGGAGUGGUGAAAAAUAGAGUGAGAGACUGAGGGAGAGAGAACAAGAGAGAGAGGGGGAAGGAGUGAUAAAUCCUGUUUUGUACCCAUCCACCCUUCAGGCACUACAUUGGUUAGUGAGUUCCUCCCUCCCCUAAUCUGCAAGACCCUGUCACUAACACGAGGAGACAAAGCAUUUCUCCCUUCCUCCGCCUGGCUGAGUUUGCCUGCCUUCCCUGACUCUGCCCCUUCCCACAAGUCUGAGGAUUUAGCCCUGUAACUGUAGGACCACUCCCAAAAUGAAUGCAAUCUUCACCGCACUGGACCCCCGACAGGUCCACUGGCAGUCAACAUGGUACGCCUUUCACUCUCGCAUCCUGCGGACGAAGCCGGUUGAGACCAUGUUGGAUGGAUCAGGGGGAGCGACCAGCUCCCAUGGCACCAAGCUGGCUCGGGUUCUGACCACCGUGGACCUGGUGUCACUAGGUGUUGGCAGCUGUGUAGGCACUGGCAUGUAUGUGGUGGCCGGGCUUGUCGCCAAGGAGAUGGCAGGCCCCGGGGUUAUCAUGUCCUUCAUCAUUGCAGCAGUGGCCUCUAUUCUCUCAGGAGUGUGUUAUGCAGAGUUUGGCGUGCGCGUGCCGAAGACAACAGGCUCAGCCUACACGUAUAGCUAUGUGACCGUGGGCGAGUUCGUGGCCUUCUUCAUUGGAUGGAACCUCAUCCUGGAGUACCUGAUUGGCACGGCGGCUGGGGCCAGCGCGCUCAGCAGUAUGUUCGACUCCCUGGCCAACCACACCAUCAGCCGCUUCAUGAUCAGCAAUAUUGGAACUCUCAACGGCCUGGGGAAGGGUGAGGAGUCAUACCCAGAUCUCCUGGCCCUGGUCAUCGCCAUCCUGGUGACAGUGAUCGUAGCAUUGGGGGUGAAGAACUCUGUGGGCUUCAACAACGUGCUGAACGUCAUCAACUUGGUGGUGUGGGUCUUCAUGAUUUUGGCCGGCCUCUUCUUUGUCAGUGGAUCCAAUUGGGACAAUGGAAGGUUUCUGCCCUAUGGCUGGUCUGGGGUCAUGCAAGGUGCUGCUACCUGCUUCUAUGCCUUCAUUGGGUUUGACAUCAUCGCCACUACGGGUGAGGAAGCCAAGAGUCCCAACACUUCCAUACCCUACGCCAUCACUGCCUCCCUAGUGACCUGCCUGACUGCUUAUGUCUCUGUCAGUGUCAUCCUGACCCUGUUGGUUCCCUAUAACGACAUUGACGGCGACGCACCGCUGAUGGAGAUGUUUGCGGUGCACGGGUUCCGAGCGGCCAAGUACAUCGUGGCAAUUGGCUCCAUCGCAGGGCUGACGGUCAGCUUGCUGGGCUCCCUCUUCCCCAUGCCCCGGGUCAUCUAUGCCAUGGCAGGGGAUGGUCUGCUUUUCAGGUUCCUGGCCCAUGUGAGCGCAUACACGGAGACGCCGGUGGUGGCCUGCGUGGUUUCUGGGUUCAUGGCGUCCCUGCUAGCCCUGCUGGUCAGCCUGCGGGACCUGAUUGAGAUGAUGUCCAUCGGCACGCUCCUGGCCUACACCCUGGUGUCCGUCUGCGUCCUCCUCCUGCGGUACCAGCCUGAGAGCGACAUCCAUGGCUUCGUCGACUUCCUGUCCGAGGAGGGCGGCAAAAACAAGGAGGGCGUGCUGGCCGAGUGUGAGAAGGACGCGUGCUCUCCGGCCAGCGAUGGCGAGGAGUACGGAGGCCCGCCCGGCAACACCUGCGGGGCCAAGAACCUGCCCUCGCUGGACGACAACGAGAUGCUCAUCGGAAAGCCCGACAAGUCGGCCUACCCCGUCGGCCACAACUACGGCACGGUGGAGGACUCAGGCGUGGAGGCGGACGAGUCGGAGAGCAUGUACGUGAUGCAGCUGAAGAAGCUCCUGGGCCCGCGGUACUACACUCUGCGCAUCCGCCUGGGCCUCCCCAGCAAGAUGGACCGGCCCACGGCCACCACCGGCCGCACCGUCACCACCUGUGUCAUGCUCCUCUUCGUCCUCAUCUCCCUCUUCUGCUCGUUCGUCAUCUUUGGAGCCGAGCACAUCUCCAGGAGCACCUGGUGGGCCGUACUGCUGGUGGCCUUCAUGCUGGCGCUUAUGGGCGCCCUGGUCUUCGUCAUCCUGCAGCAGCCCGAGAACCCCAAGAAGCUGCCAUACAUGGCACCCUGCGUGCCGUUCGUCCCUGCCUUCGCCAUGCUCGUCAACAUUUACCUCAUGCUGAAGCUUUCCAGCAUCACCUGGAUCCGAUUCGCUGUCUGGUGCUUUGUGGGCCUGCUGAUCUACUUUGGUUACGGCAUGUGGAACAGCACCCUGGAGGUCACAGCCAGGCAGGAGGAGGCUCACGCUAGCACUUACCAGCGCUAUGACACGGGGGUGGAUGACAGCUUCGCCAUGGACGAAGAUCUAUACCCGCAGGACGACGGGAGCCAAUACCAGGGCUGGAAUGCCCCAGAAGAGAGGGGCUACCAGUACCAGCAACAGCCCGCAGCCGAUGAGCUAGAUCACAACAGAGCCUCACAGGGCAGGAGACCCAAAAGCAAAGGCAAAGCCAAUAAGGGCUUUGAGGCCCUGGUUGCAGACGAUGACAUGGACUACUCACCGGAAUGAUACCGUGGAGAAAGUUUUCACCAAGGCUCCUUAGUCUAGAAUGAUAUCUUCCUGAUUUUGUCAUAUUCCUUUCAUGCGAUUUAGUAAUUCUCUUUUUUUCUCUUUCUUUCAUUCUUCUGUAUUUCCCUGUUUAUUUCCUCAGUUUUUUUAUUUAUUUGUCAU